CCGCGCAGGCGGAGGCACCGCCUCUACUUAAGGCGCGCUUGGAGCGGCUGCUACCUCCUCCCUCGCCGGCUGCCGCGGCUCGCCAGCAUGUCGGACAGGCUGCCAUACAAAGUGGCUGACAUCAGCCUUGCAGACUGGGGUCGCAAGGCCAUUGAGAUUGCAGAGAAUGAGAUGCCAGGGCUGAUGAAGAUGCGGGAGAUGUAUGCUGCAUCAAAGCCACUGAAAGGUGCACGUAUCGCCGGUUGCCUUCACAUGACUGUGCAGACAGCAGUUCUCAUAGAGACCCUUAUCAAGCUGGGAGCUGAGGUACAAUGGUCAAGCUGCAACAUUUUCUCCACGCAGGACCAUGCUGCAGCUGCUAUUGCAAAAGCUGGUAUCCCUGUGUUUGCCUGGAAAGGGGAGACGGAUGAGGAAUAUUUGUGGUGCAUUGAGCAGACCCUGUACUUCAAGGAUGGGCAGCCCCUCAACAUGAUUUUGGAUGAUGGUGGAGAUCUUACCAAUCUAGUUCAUACCAAAUACCCACAGCUCUUGAAAGGAAUUAGAGGUAUUUCAGAAGAGACAACCACUGGAGUUCACAACCUGUACAAAAUGAAGGCCAAUGGGACCCUGAAAGUGCCAGCUAUCAAUGUAAAUGACUCUGUCACCAAGAGCAAGUUCGAUAACCUUUAUGGUUGCAGAGAGUCGCUCAUCGAUGGCAUCAAGCGUGCGACAGAUGUCAUGAUUGCUGGGAAAGUAGCAAUUGUGGCAGGUUAUGGUGAUGUGGGCAAAGGCUGCGCUCAGGCCCUGCGGAGCUUUGGAGCCAGAGUCAUCAUCACCGAAAUUGAUCCCAUCAAUGCACUGCAGGCAGCCAUGGAAGGUUAUGAAGUUACAACCAUGGAGGAGGCCUGCAAAGAAGGCAAUAUCUUUGUUACCACCACUGGCUGCACUGACAUUGUUCAGGGCAGGCACUUUGAGCAGAUGAAGGAUGAUGCCAUAGUGUGUAAUAUUGGCCAUUUUGAUGUGGAAGUUGAUGCAAAAUGGCUGAAUGAAAAUGCCGUAGAGGCGGUGAAUGUUAAACCUCAGGUGGAUCGUUACACACUGAGGAAUGGCCGCCACAUUAUACUGCUAGCAGAGGGUCGACUGGUUAACUUGGGCUGUGCCAUGGGUCACCCCAGCUUUGUUAUGAGCAACUCCUUCACCAACCAGGUGCUGGCACAGAUCGAGCUAUGGACCAAUAGUGACAAAUAUGCUGUUGGAGUCCAUUUCCUGCCAAAGAAGCUGGAUGAAGCUGUGGCGGCUGCUCAUCUGGAUAAACUAUGUGUGAAGCUGACAAAGCUGAGUGACAAACAGGCCAAAUACCUAGGCUUAUCAAGAGAUGGGCCAUUCAAGCCAGACCACUACAGAUACUGAGCAGGUGGCACUACCCAAAGACCAAAGCAGAGAUACAACCUUCCAAAGCUUGUUUGUGCUGGGCUUCUGAGAACAAGUCCUUUGCCGUUAUCCUCCCAGUGCUUCAGAACUUCUCCCCUCACCAAAGGAGCUUCAGGGCCUUGUUUGUUUAAGAGGAUCACUCUGACUCUUGGAAUUGAAUUGGUUACUUGGCUAAUGUUAUUG